UCUACCUAUAUAAUCCUCCACUUGAUGCAACUUCUUCCUAUAAGGUACUUCCAACAAUCUAACAUUCCCAAGAGAGAGAGAGAUGGAGCUCAAUGAACAUGGUUUCUUAGAAGAGCACUUAGCUUUUAGAAGAGACGCUUGGGAAGCCAUUCCAGCAGAAAUGAAUGAGCUUUUCUCAAGUACUGGAUUGGGUUUUGACUACUAUUAUGAUCCAAAUCCUUCAACCAUUUUCCCAAACAACUCUUCUUGUAGCCAAGAAAUAAUCUCUCCUCAACUUGAACUAAGCGGCUUCAACAACUAUUCCUUCAAUGAAGUCUACUGCCCUUCAAGCAACGAGAUUUUAGUGCCUCAGUUUACUACGAACUCGUCUUACAACACUGCUACGGCUACUACUCAUUUCGAUACCCUGAGCUUUUAUCCCCAUAUUCAAGAAGAAUUGCUUUUGAAAACACUGGAAAAAGAGGAACUGGGUAUUCUUGAUGAUGAGAUUCAUAAUCUGGAGACUCAAGCUUCUUGUAAAAUGGAGCCAGUUCAGUCCCCUGAUCAUAUCCCAGUUUUCAACAUGGGUUUGCCUCUGGGAAGGAAAAACAGAGCUAAGAAGUUGCAGGGUCAACCGUCAAAGAAUCUCAUGGCUGAGAGAAGACGAAGGAAGAGAUUGAAUGAUCGGCUUUCAAUGUUAAGAUCAAUUGUCCCCAAGAUAAGCAAGAUGGACAGGACAUCGAUUCUUGGGGAUACUAUAGAUUACAUGAAAGAGCUUCUCGAAAGAAUCAGUAACUUGCAGCAAGAAAUAAAUGCGAGUUCAAGUCAGUUUAACGAGUUAGCCCUGUUCAAGGACGUGAAACCAAACGAAGUCUUAGUGAGAAACUCACCAAAGUUUGAUGUGGAAAGAAGGGAUGUAGAUACCCGGAUUGAGAUUUGCUGCGCUGGGAAACCAGGGCUGUUGUUUUCCACAGUGACCUCUUUAGAUGCUUUGGGACUUGAGAUUCAACAAUGUGUUAUUAGUUGUUUCAAUGAUUUUUCAAUGCAAGCAUCUUGCUCAGAGGAUUUGGAGAUGAGGGCACUAAACAAUUCUGAAGAUAUAAAGCAAGCACUAUUCAGAAAUGCAGGAUAUGGAGGGAGAUGUAUGUAAGAGUAUAAUAAGAUUGACAAAUAACAAUGAGAAAUAAGAACUACUUGUGGUGAUUACAUUUUUUUUUUCUUUUAGAGAUGGGUUUUUCAAAUCUCUCUAUUUUCAAUCAGCUGAGCGAUGAAUCAAGAAUCGCAGCUAUUUUCUUAUCAUUUAAAUAAAGUGAUUAAUUUUUUGUCAUCAAGAA